AUGGACAACAGGGAGAACCUCUGGACCCGGCGCUCCAACACCAGCAAGCUCUCCCUCUCCAUGUCGCAUUCCGAAAACAACGAUAAAUCCGAACCACACCAGCGCACCGUUUCCGCAACCAAACGCUUCGGGGGCGACUCGUCCCACGGCGGCCGAAAUCCUUUCAACGCCAUCCCCCCAUUGACACCCGGCGGGCUUGCGUCGCCCACCACUGGAGGCUCGUCUGCCUUUGGCCUCGGCUCAGGCGCAUUCGCCUCCUUUGGCUCCGCGGCCAAGACUCCCAAGACGCCAGGAACAGCCUUCGACUUCAAAGCCGCAGCCAUGUCAUCCACAGCGCCUACAACCCCUUCUGAAAAGAAGGACAAACCCGUGAGCAAGGUGGUCAACAUCAUACGAAAAGAGUCUAUAGCCACGGCGCCAAUACAAGAAAACACCGCGAGCCCGUCCGCACCGCCAGACUUCAACGCGCCAUGGCCGCUCAAGUACACCUGGGCGGUAUGGUACCGUCCACCCACGGCCAAGAAUGUCGACUAUGAAAAGUCGAUUGUACCACUCUGCAGAUUCAGCACGGCCCAAGAGUUUUGGAGAGUCUUCUCACACCUCAAGCGGCCUUCGAGUCUGCCCUCCGUGUCCGACUAUCAUGUUUUCAAGCAAGGCAUACGACCGGUAUGGGAGGAUGACGAGAACAAACGGGGGGGCAAAUGGAUCAUGCGCCUGAAAAAGGGCGUUGCGGACCGUUACUGGGAAGACCUCUUGCUUGCGCUUGUUGGGGAUCAGUUCAUGGAGGCUGGCGAUGAAUUCUGCGGCUUUGUUCUGAGUGUCCGAAGCGGCGAGGAUGUCUUCAGCAUCUGGACAAAGAGCGACGGAGUAAAGAACGUCAAGAUUCGGGAUACGAUUAGGCGGGUCCUCAAGCUGCCAGAGGGCACCAACAUUGUUUGGCGAAGCCACGAUGAUAGCAUUGCCCAGCGUUCAGCCAUCGACCAGGCCCGCCACGAAAAGAAUCUCAUGGAGAAGCGGAGGGUGACGUCUACCGAAGAGAAGCCAGUAGCCGGCUCUUAG